AUGGCGGAGGAGUGGGAAGACAACAGCGACAAAGAGCUGUCCCGGGAAGACAUCAGCAUCCACACCAUCUGGGUCAACGCCUCCGUCCCGGAGCUCGAGCGAGAGCCCGGGGGUACCCACUCCCAGGAGAGCAGCUCCCUCGGGAGGGAGCAUCUCCCCUGGGUGACCAUGGCAGAUCGACGGCUGAGGACGCCGAAGAUGCCGAUGGAAGAGGAGGCGAACGCCCACUCCCAGCCCGACAAGGGGCUGCCGAGCCUGCAGAAGAGGCGCCAGAGCAGUGACAAGGAGCUAUCCCAAGGGGAAGACACCAGCAUCCACACCACAGCUCUCCUUCCCCCACAGGCAUCGCCACCCUCCAGCAUGCCCCAGCUCGAUGGCAACAGCCCUCCCUCUUCAGGAGGGCGCUCAAGGCUCCGCGCAAGGCCUUCUGCUGCUCCUGCAUCACGGGAGAGAAGGAGCAGUAGUGCCCUGCUGCCAGUGCCAGGCGGGUCCCCGGAGAUGGCGCCUGGCCCUGAGCCUGCGAGCGUCCAGAGGGAGUGGCACGGGCAGGCAAGCAAGGGAUGGGUGCAUGGACGGCACCCCAGGCAUUCAGCUGCCCUGAGGACAGCGUGCUGCCAGCCUCUGCUCGGCUGUGGCUGUUUUCUGAGGUCAAUAAAAGAUGAUGAUUUUACCCCAGUGCUCGUCUGUAUUCGUCCCGUUUUGAUUAAGCAGUACCGGACAGGCGAUGGCAGUAGCGGCUUCCAUAUCGCCGUCCUGUAA